AUGUAUCACAUUAAAUUUUAUUCAAUUACAACAUUAGUCUUUUUAAUAUGUUUAUUACAUUUAAUACAAGGCGAACGUGUUCGAAGAUUAAAACGUCAAGCUGAAGAUGUACCAAGUCCUGGAGUUAAAGGUCCAGCACCAUUUGGUGUAACAACUUAUAGAAUUGGUGCAAUGGGAGUUCAAGGAGAACGUGGACCACCAGGACCACCGGGACCAGAUGGUCCACCUGGUCCAUCAGGUUCACCGGGACCAACGGGGAAAACAGGUGGACCAGGAAUUCCUGGACCUAUUGGAUUGCCCGGACCUCCAGGUGCAGAUGGAAAACCAGGUCGAGAUGGAGAAGCUGGAAAUCCAGGUGCAUCAGGUGAAGUUGGCCCACCAGGUCCAUCAGGACCAACCGGUCCACCUGGAUUAAAAGGACCUGUUGGAUUGAAGGGUAAAAAGGGUGAAAGAGGCGAUCCAGGAAGAGAUGGUGUUGAGGGUGUCCGAGGAGAUAUUGGUGCUCCUGGACUUAUGGGACGUACUGGUGCCCGUGGAGGAGUUGGACCUGCUGGUCCAUCAGGAACACCAGGACAAGUUGGUCCUGCUGGAGCAGAUGGUCUUCCUGGAGCUCAAGGUCCGCCAGGUCCACAAGGUCUUCCAGGAGAACCAGGCGCUAUUGGCCCAACUGGUGAUCAAGGAGAAACUGGUGAAGCUGGAUUACGUGGAGGAGUUGGUGAGCCUGGUAAACCUGGGCUUGAUGGGAAACCUGGACGACCUGGGGAACAAGGAAUUCAGGGUCCACCUGGAAAAGAUGGAACACAAGGACAAAAAGGUGACAUAGGAUUUCGAGGAGCGCCGGGACCGGAAGGUAUGCCAGGUCCUCGAGGAGCACCCGGCACAUCAGGGUCAUCAGGUGAACAAGGAACUAAGGGAUCCAUUGGAGUUUCUGGACCUCCAGGGAAUCGUGGACCUCAAGGAAACUCUGGUCCACCUGGUGUUAUAGGUCCUCGUGGUUUACCAGGUCCUCCUGGAGAAGUUGGGAAACCUGGCAUCCCUGGUUCUCAAGGGCCUCCUGGGGCAAAGGGAUCGGCUGGAGUAGCUGGUUCUCCUGGUGCUCCUGGACGACCAGGUAUCGACGGAAGACCAGGUGUUCCAGGACCAGCAGGGAAAAGUGGCCCAAUAGGAAAAACGGGACCGAGAGGAGAACCAGGUCAAGCAGGACAAGAUGGUAAACCAGGGCGGAUCGGUCCUCCUGGACCACCAGGAGAGAAUGGACGGGAUGGAAUCCCAGGGGCUUCCGGUCCACCAGGUCCACUGGGUCAACCAGGUAAAGCCGGAUCAAGUGGCCUUCCAGGAGCUACGGGAGCAAGUGGCCCGCCAGGGUUACAAGGAGAUAUUGGACAACAGGGUCCUCAAGGUGAACGAGGCCUUCCCGGAUCUGUAGGCAUAUCUGGUCCAAAAGGAGAAAAAGGUGAGAAAGGUCCAUUAGGUGAGGCUGGUGCUGUUGGUGAUGCAGGUCCCCCAGGACCUCAAGGGAAACAAGGACCGAUUGGUGAAAAAGGAUUUCAGGGUUUGAUUGGAAAUGUUGGUUCCCCAGGUUUACGAGGACCACGAGGAGAUCCUGGACCAUCUGGUGACCCUGGUAAAGACGGAACACCAGGAGUAGACGCACCAGAUGGUGAAGUUGGUGCUGCAGGCCCAGAGGGGCCACAAGGUCCUAUAGGUCCAGCAGGUCAGCCAGGACCUCGAGGUUUGCCUGGUCCGAAAGGAGAACCUGGCAGUAUAGGACCAAUUGGGAUACCUGGAAGAAUGGGAGUGAUGGGAAUACCGGGAGCUCCAGGACCCUCUGGUCCGAAUGGUCCACCAGGUUUUAAAGGCGAUAGAGGCAUUUCAGGGGCACAUGGAGUCCCGGGAAAAGAUGGUCAGCCUGGAAGUCCUGGACCCGUAGGUGCUAGAGGUCCACCUGGUGCAAUUCAUGUAGGUGGGAGGUCACUGGGAAUUAUGGGGCCACCUGGUCCAGUCGGAGAUAAUGGCGUACAAGGAGAUGCUGGAGUUCCUGGAAUGCCUGGACAGGUUGGUCCAGUCGGUCUCCAGGGUCCAAGUGGAACACCCGGCAAACGUGGACCAUCAGGUGCACCUGGACCACCUGGAAGCCCAGGUGCAAAUGGUCGUGCAGGAAUAAGAGGUCGAGCUGGUAGCGCAGGUCAGUUGGGUGGUCAAGGUCCUCCUGGUGUUCAAGGUCCGGCAGGUGUCCCAGGAGUCAGAGGACCUCAAGGUCCUCGUGGUCUGCCUGGUAGACAAGGUACUCAAGGAAUUCCGGGAAAAGCUGGUUUAAGUGAACCCGGAGAUGUUGGUAGUCCUGGAGCACCUGGACGAGAUGGACCUAUUGGAAUGAUUGGUAUGCGUGGAUCAUCAGGUGGACCUGGACCAAGAGGACCACCUGGUCCACCCGGUCUAAGUGGUCCACAGGGAGCAGCCGGACCAACUGGACCCCAGGGACCUCAAGGGCCAAGGGGAGCGAAAGGAGCCAAAGGGCCACCUGGAUCUGAGGGCCCUGAAGGACCACCAGGAGAAGAUGGAGAACAAGGGCCUGAAGGUUUAGCCGGACCUCCUGGUGAGCCUGGACUUGAUGGACCACGAGGACAAAGAGGUAUUCCAGGUCCCUUGGGCCCAGUUGGAGAAGUUGGACAACCCGGUCAAGAUGGUCGACCUGGACCACAAGGAGAACGUGGUGUUUCCGGCAAACCCGGACUUCCAGGACCCCCUGGAGCAAAAGGAGCUGCUGGUGAAACUGGCCCAGACGGACAAGAUGGAUCGAGUGGUCUUCCCGGAAGCCCAGGUGGUCGAGGUCACCCUGGAUGGUCUGGGCCACCUGGACCACCCGGUCCUCCUGGUCCUGAUGGUGUACGUGGAGACCCUGGAGAAAUAGGUUAUCCCGGAAAUCCAGGGCCACCGGGUGAUAGUGGACCUAUUGGUGAGACCGGAACCAAAGGUCCCAAAGGACAAAGAGGAGAAACAGGGCUGCCUGGUCCACCAGGUCCUUCGGGAAGAGAUGGAUCGUCUGGGCCUCCUGGACCGAUGGGGCCUCCAGGACCUCCUGGACCACCAGGAAUGCCAUCCGUACAACUACCAACAAUCAGUCGGAGUACAAAAGCUGGAAAUAUAUACGCAGAUGAUCCAUUGGCAGGAAGGAUUAUGGGAACGUAUGAGCAUUCAAGACCAAGGGGAACAAGAUCUGCACCUGCUUUGACAUGUAAACAACUAGGUGAAUAUAACAAGAAUCUACCUGAUGAUUAUUACUGGAUUGAUCCAAAUGGAAAUGAAAUUAACGAUGUUGUACAAGCUUAUUGUAAAUUUAAAACAAGUGAAACAUGUAUUCGAUUAAAACAAAAAGCGCUAAAUUCAAAUUAUCCAGAUCAUGGAAAUUCAACUGAAGAACAAAAUAAUUUAGGAAGUCAAUUUUAUGAAUUAAUAUAUGAAUUAGAAGGAAGUCAAUUAGAAUAUUUAAAACGUCAUAGUUUAAUAGGAACACAACAAAUUUAUAAAGAAUGUUCAAUUAAAUCAAAUCAAAUCUCAUUGCCAAAUUUAUCAAUCACAUUAUAUACAGAUAAUGGUAAUGAACUUUCUUAUGGUCAUCCUUAUCUUGGAUAUGAAAUUAUUCAAAGUAAUUGUCAUUUUCCAGUGGGAUUAAAAACUGACGCUUUUCUGAUUAAAGGUUCAACAGCCCGAUUUCCAAUACGUGGUAUUCAAUUACUCAAUCCGAAGAUGUUCGACAAUCUAGUUCAGAUAGGAGAAGUGUGUUUUCAAUAA